GAAUGAAGUCUUUGAUCUACAUUAGCACAUCGAGUUCAGUCUAUAAAUACCUGCUUUAGGUUUUUAGUUCUCAUUUCAAGCACUCCCCUGCAUAUCAUUUAUUUAGUCUUCUUCAUUUUCUUCCUUUGAUCCUUUUCAAAAUCUAAAGCAACCAUGGGUGUUUUCACUUAUGAAAUGGAGGUCACUACUGCCAUGCCCCCAGCCAAGAUGUUCAAGGCCUUUGUCCUUGACGCUGACCACCUCAUUCCCAAGAUUGUCCCACAGGCCAUUAAGGAUGUCGAACUUGUUGAAGGAAAUGGAGGACCUGGAAGCAUUAAGAAGAUUACUUUUGGUGAAGGGAGCCAAUUCAAGUAUGUCAAGCACAAGAUUGAUGGGAUAGACAAAGAGAACUUCACAUACAGUUACAGUGUGAUAGAAGGUGAUGCUUUGAUGAACACCCUAGAAAAGAUCUGUUACGAGACCAAGUUUGUGGCUGCCCCAGAUGGAGGAUCCAUCUGCAAGAGCAGCAGCAAGUAUUACACCAUCGGUGACAUAGAGAUCAAGGAAGAAGACAUCAAGGCUGGCAAGGAAAAAGCCUUGGGAUUGUUCAAGGCUGUUGAAGCCUACCUUUCCGCAAACCCUGAUGCGUAGACUAAUUGUCCACUACCAUGAUCUUUUGUUUUCAAGUCUUUCAAGUUGUAAGUUUGAGUGGUGUGCCUUUGGUUUUGUUUGUCUUCCAUCCAAGACCGUCUCUGGCGGGCUACGUAAUAAGAGUGAUCUGAGUGU